UCCCCGCGGUCAGUCUACCGGCGCCUUCCGAGCGGGGAGGUCGUGCCGCCGAGAGUUCGACACGCGCGAGUGAGUGACGAGUGAGUGAAAUGCCCGCCCGCGCCGUGGCCUUCCUCGCCACCGCGGCCCUCGCCCUCGCGGCCGCUCCUCCCGACCCGUGCUACGAGGAGGGCCGCCCGAGGCGCUGCAUCCCGGACUUCGUCAACGCGGCCUUCGGGAACCCGGUCCUCGCGUCCUCCGUCUGCGGCAGACGAGGCCCCGAGCGGCUCUGCGACCCCCCGGGGGACCAGAACCCGGAGAACGCGUGCAGAGUGUGCGACGCCGCGCGCUCCGACCGCCGCCAUCCGCCGACCCAUCUCACCGACCUGAACAACCCGCACGACGUCACCUGCUGGAGAUCCGCCGCCCUGGCCCCCGCCUCGUACGACUCCCCACCUGACAACGUCUCCCUCACCUUGUCUCUAGGGAAAAAGUACGAGUUGACGUACGUCAGCUUGCAGUUCUGUCCCAAGGCGGCGCGGCCCGAUUCCGUGGCUAUAUACAAGAGCGCCGACUAUGGUGUCACUUGGCAACCUUUUCAGUUCUAUUCGAGUCAAUGCAGACGGGUGUACGGGCGGCCGAAUAAAGCGACGGUGACCGCGGCGAACGAGCAAGAAGCGAGAUGCUCGGACUCCCACCGCCUGGCUGGAGAGAACUCGAACGGAGCGAGGCUCGCAUUCAGCACCUUAGAAGGUCGUCCGAGCGCUGCGAACUUUGACAUAUCCCCUGUUUUGCAAGAUUGGGUGACUGCCACGGACGUCCGCGUGGUGUUCAACCGGCUCCACAUGGUGAAUGAAGGCGAUGAAGUGGACAGUAAGAAGCAAGCGGCGGCCGGGACGCAACACUACGCUGUGUCAGACUUCGCUGUGGGCGGACGCUGCAAGUGCAACGGUCACGCGUCGCGCUGCGUGCCAGCUAAGGGCGAGGAGAGUCAGGUGCAGUUGGCAUGCGAGUGCAAGCACAACACGGCGGGCAGAGACUGCGAGAGGUGCAAGCCCUUCCACUUCGACCGGCCCUGGGGACGAGCCACGGCGCGCGACGCCAACGAAUGCAAAGAAUGCAACUGCAAUGGGCACGCGCGCCGCUGCCGGUUCAACAUGGAGCUGUUCAAGCUGUCGGGGCGAGCCAGCGGCGGCGUGUGCCUCAAGUGUCGCCACUACACCGCCGGCCGGCACUGCCACUACUGUCGCGAGGGCUACUACCGCGACCCCGCCAAGCCCAUCACGCACAAGAAGGCCUGCAAACCGUGUGACUGCCACCCUGUGGGCGCGAGCGGCAAGACGUGCAACCAGACGAGCGGGCAGUGCCCCUGCAAGGACGGCGUCACGGGCACCACCUGCAACCGCUGCGCCAAGGGCUACCAGCAGUCCAGGAGCCACAUCGCGCCCUGCAUACGUAUACCGCGCAUAGUGACGGCGGUGCAGGCCAUGGAGGCGGUGGACGCGGAGCCGGGCCGCGCGGAGCAGUGCGGGCGGUGCCGCGCCGGCGCGCGAACCCUCAAUCUCAACAAGUUCUGCAGCCGAGACUACGUCAUAAUGGGUCGAGUGGUGGGGCGCGAGGCGGCGGGCGCGGGCGCGGGCGGCGCGUGGGUGCGGCUGGCGCUGAGCGUGCAGGCCGUGUACAAGCGCGCGCCGCGCAGCCGCCUGCGCCGCGGCGCCGUGGCGCUGCUCGUGCGCGCGCAGGACCUCGCCUGCAAGUGUCCCAAGAUCAAGAUUAACAAGUCCUAUUUAAUCCUAGGAGUGGAAAAAGAAGGAGCGUCGUCUGGUUUGCCGGGACUGACGGUAGGCGACAGAACUUUACUGCUGGAGUGGCGGGACGACUGGCACAGACGCAUCCGCCGCUUGCAACGGCGCGCGAUCAACUGCCACUAACAAACGCGCGUGCCUGGAUACCGUCAUCUUGGAAAGAAAAAAGGCAAAGGUUUUUUAACAAACAGCCUAAUGAGAGGGCCUAUUUAAAGGAGUUUGUAAGGUAUUCCGUCUAUGUUCCGUGCAUAUUUUUGAAUGGAUAGAUGCAAGAUUACUGCCAUUAAUGCUGUUUAAUAAUACAAUAGAUUGACCUAGUCGCGUUUAAGGAUAUAGUAAUCCGUUAAUAAUUAUUAUUAUUAAAGUAAAUUGUUAUAGGUUCUGUCACCUUCAAAACACCUUGAUUAUAUCCCCCUUCCAUUUACGAAUUGUUGUUAACUACGUCUCGAUUCAAUUUACUAAUUUUACUUCACCUGUCCUAACAUGAGUAAUCAAAAUCAAUUGUUGCCAUGUGUAAAUGAAUACAAGUUAUUGUGACUUAAUUUCUUCCUUCCUAGGAUUUCGUUAUAAAUCGCGUACUGUUAACAACAAAGUUCCUAUAUUAAAAUAAAAUUAUUUAAUUAUCGACACUUAAUACGUCUAAUUAAUCUAUAACGAAUUUUGUUGUUAACUAUACCCUAAUUUUAAGAUUAUUUAUUUAAAUAUUCUAGAAGCUAUGACUAAAUAGUAGUUUUCGUUCCAUUUUAUGCAUUUUUUGUAUAAUUGUUAAUUUUUAUAUUGAAAAUGCGUAUGUUGAAAUUGUUUUUAAGUACUGGUAACACUCGUCGAUAUCAUGUGUCAAAAUUGACGCGCACUAUCUAAGCGCCAUUACGCUCUCUUUUGAUAAAUGAUAUUUUUUGUACAAUAUAGAUUUAGGUGAUUUCGAUGAUGACUCAUUUUGAUCAUUCAUCACCACAAAGUAUAGUCAUAAUGUUUUAACGUACCUCAUUUAUUAAGAAAACUUAUAGUUAAGGGUUAUUGAAUCUAUUAAUUUAUAAAUUCCCUUCUUAAAUAUAAUUAUUUCGAUAAUACUUUUCUUUUUAAACGACAACUCUUGCCAAAGCGAUGAUUUUAUUGUUCUGUAUAACGAGUACUUAUAUUUUUUUCCGCUAAAAUAUUUCUAUAUCAUAGUUUUUUAUUUUCUUUAUCUAACGCCUGACUAAAGGUAUGUACAGUAUUAUUAGCUUUACUAAAAAUAAAAUUAUAUAAUUAAGUGUAUAGUUUUAAACGUACAUUUAGACGUCAUUUUGGAUAAUUCCUUAGUCCUUUUUAUGUACUUUUUUAGAAAAAAAACCUAAAAUAAAAGACAUAUUCCUGGAAGACAUAAAUAAAAUUAGGUUUACAACAUUCAAUUACUCGACGACGUUAAAAGUUUUUAAACUAAGAUGAACUCUUGCAAGUAUCCACACAUACAGUCAUAUAUACACAUAUGUUUUGCGUGUCAAAUUCUAUCUUUACCAUUAGGUACAUCCAUAGAAUUACAUCAAUCAGUGAAAAGUCCUUAGAAUGUUUUUGUUUUGCGUCCGCGAAAAACUAACAACAUCCCUUAACGUAUGUUUUACCAUCCUUAGGAGACUAUUUUUCAAUGACCGGUAUUCUCCAACUAUUAUGUUGUUUAAUAACAAAAUUCUCCCUUUCCCUCCAAAUUGUUGUAAUGAAUGUGUUAGUUUACUGAAUACGACAAUAAGUCAACAUGCAAAGCUCGAACCCUGCCCUUCGAAACCUAAGUGUUUGAGAAUGUAGCCAGUAACCGUGAAAUUAUUGAGAUUCUGACUCCACAACUUUAAAUUGCAAAAGUUUUAACAAAGUCACUGUUAUAAUUUUGCAAUUUCAAUAACGACAAAACAAUAUUGUAUUUUGUAAUAAAACGACCCACACUUGAGCAAUCACGCUCAAUUGAUACGUCAAAAUUAUACUCUCAGGUACAGUUAGCUACACAAUGCAACAAAUCAUCUCGCGCACGAUGCUACGAUUUACAAUAAUCCAUUGUUGGGAUCCAACAUGGCCGCCGGGCAAACAAAUAUGGCGGGAUAAUGGUUGGCGGGAAAACAAUACACGAAACUAUUUCAAUGGACUUAUUACAGAUACAGGCAGAUUUCGUAUUACGAUUAUUAUCCGUUAAAAGGAAAAGUAGGUACGCGGUUGCCAGGGUACUUUCGGAGUUUCAAACAGAAUUAACUGAAAUUAAUAGUGAACACAUUUAUUGGGCAACUUUAAAUUAACUCUCCCUUUGAAUUAUCACUUAUGGGCUUAACUUUGUUAAUGACAUAAUGUAAAAGCAUAGGCACACUUUAAAAACCUUAAUAAACAAAUUAAUUAUCCACUAAAACUUAAACGUCUAAAUGUCACUUAUUGGAUAAGAGAUGAUGCUUUCGAUUGUCCAUUAUUGGAUAAGAGAUGAUGCUUUCUCGUGGGUUAUAUUGUCUUUAUCAACGAUAUUUUAUACUAUAUUAUUUAUAUUUAUUAUAAAAUCUCUUGGCCUCUAAAAAUUUCUUUUUAUGACGAUUUCGAGAGAAUUUUCAUCCUAUUUUCCUGGAUUAGAGAAAAAUAACAAAACUGCAUAAUAGCUUGUACUAUUGAACAAAAAACAUAGUAUAUCUAUUUUUAAAUUACAUAGAAAUAGUAAUUCAGUAUUUCUUGAACCUAUAUUAUUAUAUUAUUAUUCUAUAAAUAUAUAAAUUUUAUCUACUACAGAUUCAUAAUUUAUUAUCGUCAAUUAAAAAGUGUCAUGUGACGUUAAAUGUACGUUUAGAAAAUAAAAUGAAAGAAUAAUCGUUUAGAAACAUAUUUAAAAAUUACUUAGAGUUUUCGCUUGAUUGUACUGCGGAUUGUAAAAAGUGUAUUUAGUUGUAGAUUGAUCUAUUAACCUGUUUCUAGAUAUUAUUAUUGCAUAUCUUUAGAUUUUCUAAUUCGUGAAUUAUCUGUUUUAAUAAUAUUUGAAAUUAAAAUAUGCACGAAGAAUUCCUGAACGAAUUAACGUAAUUUUUAUUGUUAUUUCAAAGUUUGGCACCGCCAAAGUGAAAAAGUAAUUAAACUAAAUUCUACUAAUAAAGAAAAUAAUUUGUUCUUUUCUUAUAUUUAUUCUUGCAACAUAACUAACACGAGAUUUUUAGUUGUACUCGUUUAAGAACAUUUUGUCCAUGUUUUAUUUUAGAGUUUGCUUUUUGUGUGAUACUGAAACUAAAUCGAAAAUGGAACAUAGAGCAAAUUCUUUUUAUGACCAAUCAAUGGUUAGUUUUAAAAACUAACGUACAUUAUUUUUUUUACAAACAUUAUUAAAACAGAAUUAUUUUUUUAAAAGGACAUUUAUUUUUGCACGCCAAUUUUUUUGUUAAAAUUAACAAUAUCAAAUUAAUUUUUCAAUAAGGAAAGGCGUGCAAAUGAAAGUACAUAAUAUAAUAUAGAUAAUACCAGAACAUACUCGUAACUGUAUAGAAAUAACUAGACAAUUUGUACUUCUAAGGCUAAACGCGCAAUACGACAAAAAUCAAAAUCUUAAAUCUUUUUAAACAUGAACAACAAGUACAACACUGUACUUGUUGAUAUAAUAUUGAUUUAGCCUCAACUAACAAAAUUAUAUUUAUUUCGUUCUGCGACAUGCACAUUGAGUUAUACUGAAAUCAAAUCUCAAAGAAAUCAUACUUGAUAUUAGUGUAUCUGUAAAUAUAUUUUCAUAGGCGAAGAUUUUUUGUAUUAUUAAUAAUAAUUGACUUCUGACUUGUGUCAUAAGAUAAGCGGGAGGAGGUACGAGUACGUAAUUUGACUUAUAGUUCGUACUAUGUAAUUUUUUUAAAGUUUUACGGCUCUAUUUUCUAGAGCUAGACUAGGUCUGUGGUCUGUAAUAAUGCAUUGUCGUAAUGCGCGCUUAGCGUUAAUAUAAUGUGAAUAUUGUUUUCCUUUCUCCUGUGACGUAAAACUGGAAAUGUUCACAAAUAAAAUAUUUUAAUGAGAAUUGAAUUACAAUUGCAUCACAAGUUUAAUAUUUUUUAUUUAAAAAAUAGAUUUAUAACGCACAAUAAUUAGGCCAUUGGUUUAAAAAAAAUGUAAUGCCGUCGACACGAAAGUUAUUCAUCCAUACCAAUUUCAAAUUCUGAAUUCCUUAGUAAAUAAUAAAUAAAAUGCUUAAUUCAAAUACGUAUCUGUUUCUUGUAAAUAAAAUAUAAUGACAUGUAAUCAUCAAAAAAA